AUCGUGCUUUAGAUCGCAUAGAGUGGAUUGAUAUUAAACAAUUCUCGGAUAUAUACUUCUUGGCAGAAGGAGGAUUUUCUAAUGUCUAUUCGGCUAAAUGGAAUGAAGGUCCACUAAAAUAUGAUAGUGGAUAUCAAGACCUUCAAAAUAUAACUAAACGAUAUUGGCAUGACAGUGACUUGGCAAUGAAAAUGAUUCGACAAGCAAACACUAAGGUCGUCUUAAAAUUGAUAAAAAAUUCUAAAAACUUGUCAAAAGAAUUUUUGGAUGAACUUGAAGCUCAUUAUAAAUGUAUAGGAAUGAACGAUAAAGGCUUAACUUGUUAUGGAGUAACUUUUUUUCCAGAAAAAAAUGAAUAUGCCUUAGUAUUAAAGUACGCAGAAAAAGGCAACAUUAGACAAUAUAUACAAAAAGAACACAAAAAUUUAUCUUGGUAUCGGCGAGUUCAAUUGUUGGAAGGAAUAGUUUCUAAUCUACGACUUAUACACUCAAAAGGUUUUAUUCAUGGUGAUCUUCAUAGUGGAAAUGUGCUCAAAGGAAAAUUGGUCUUACAAAGUUAUAUUAGUGACCUUGGACUAUCACGACCUGCUAACGAUCCAAAACUAACCGAAGAUCACCUACGACAUACCGAAAUGCUGGAAGAAUUUGAUGGAAAAAU